CAGGAGGGCAAGAUUCCGGAAGAUCAGGCAGCAGCAGCAGCAGCAGCAGCAGCAGUUCAAGCGGGCACGGUGCAUCGAUACGAGCCUCACCUAGGAGAGCAAAGGAAGAAACCUGUUCUGCAAUGUGGAAUCCCAAUCAAGGUCAACCAGGAGCCUACCCCCCAGGGGGUCCCAUGCCCCCUAACCCUGCCUACCCUCCCCAGGUGUGCCCCCCAGGCCCGGGUCCAAUGCCCCCCCCUGGGAUUCCAGGUCAGCACCCCUACCCUGGCUCUGGAUCCUACCCGGGACCCUACCCUGGGGGUCAGCCCUGUCCUCCUGCUUACCCUGGGGGUCAGCCCUGUCCUCCUGCUUACCCUGGGGGUCAGCCCUGCCCACCUGCUUACCCUGGGGGUCAGGCCCCCUACCCCUGCCCCCCAGGAGGAGUUUACCCUGGACACCCCCCUAGAUGUGGGGAUGACCACCACAAGAAGAAGAAGAAGGACAAAAAGGCUCACAAGGAACAUAAGCACGGAAAACACGGGCAUGGCCCGCAUGGGAAGCAUGGCCCACAUGGCAAACAUGGGAAGCAUUCCUCCAGCUCUAGCAGCAGCAGUGACUCGGACUGAUCUGGACAGAGUGACAGAACCAACUGAAGACAGGCGCCGACGCUGAACUGCACGCAUAGUCUAUACACAAAACCAUACACAGAGACACGAACAGUAAUCACGCUGAGCAGAAGAUUAACAAGCGUAGGCUUGCACUACCCCUGCCAACCAGCAGGGUGCGCUGUCUCGCCCAGUAACGGGCUUUGUUUUAACCCCUGGUUGCCUUACCGUGUGAUUUUUAUAGAAGUGGUUUUGAUAUAUAGGUAGGGGGUGUUAAGCUACUGCAGAAUUGUUUGUUUUAAUAUGAAGUGGGUUAUUAUUAUUAAUGCAUUGGCGUGGGAGUUGAAAAGCCUGAACUGUCCACUGGGAGUCAUAUGGUGAAGCGAACCACACACCUUUAGAUUGACCACCACGCUCACACAGGGUGUCUCCUUUCUGUGAUUUGCUAUUUGUUGCUCAGUUCUGACCUGCUGAAUUAAUAAAGAAAAUCUAUAGCCAUA